AUGCCCAUAAGAGAUCUCGUUGCAUGGAAUGCGAUGCUUCAUGGGUAUCGUGAAGAUGGGAGGGUGGACAAUGCUGUGAAGUUGUUUGAGAAAAUGCCUUCUCAAAAUGUGAUUUCAUGGACUUCAAUGAUUGCUGGGCUUGACCAAAAUGUCAAGAGUGAAGAAGCUUUAAUUGUUAUUGAGAGAAUGUUCAAGCAUGAAGAUGGCCUAAAGGUGUUCAGUGAUAGGAUGAGAACAAGUGUUCUUCUUGAUCAAUCUUCUUUUGUAAGUGCUUUGAAUUCUCGCUAUAGUUUAGAGUCUCAGAUUGAGGGUGAUAUCUUUAGAUUAAGAGUGACUAUGAGGGAUAGAGGGAUUGUGAAGCAACCAAGUAGCAGUCGGUUGAAGGAGUUGGAUCAUGUUCCGGAUAAGAUAUUCUCUUUCCAUGACAUUAAAGACAAACAGAAGGAAGAGUCAUUAUCUUACCAUAGUGAAAGGCUUGCUGUUCCAUUUGCAUUGAUUAGUACUGUCAAGGAUGGUAUGAUUGUUGAUUGUGAGAUUGUUGUGACAAAUUCCAGCCGCUUUGGUCACUUCAGGGGUGGCAUUUGCUCUUGUGGGGAUUAUCAGUACCAAGGGCAUGAGGUGGAAUUUGAGGCUAAGGACCCUGAUGAAAAACCCGAGGAGAAGAACCCGAAGAGGAGUAUCCGAAGGAGAACCCCGAGGAUGAUCCAGAGUAGGAUCCUAAUGACUUUUGCUGUAAAAUCAAAUUGA